AUGUGGAAUCAAAUUCAACGCAUGCCUUUUCAGCAGCUGCAGGAAACAAACGAUUUUAUAUACAUCAAGAAAGUCAUGUCGCUUGUUGCGCGCUAUAUCUUUCUGGAAUCAGAUCCGAAAAUGCUGGAUCCCAGGUGCACGAUCGGUAUUGCAAAGCUGCUCAAGAUCGUAUCGGCUAAGUGUCUCAUCGAAUUUGAACAGCUCAACAAGAGAGCAGAGGAAACGGCGACUGAGAUGACGAACCUGCGAAGUGCUUUUAAAGCGCAGCUUUCCUCAAAAGAAGAGGAAAUCAAAAAGCUCAACGAUCUUCUGCGUAAGACUGGGGUAGAAGAAGCGUCUCAAAAUGCGGCUGCUGGGCUGUCGAAUUCAGGGGGACUAGCUGACUUGAAAACAGAGAAUGAGGAGCUUUCUCUGCAGUUACGAAGCCUGACGCGGCAGAAUGAGGAACUGAAGUUGGCGCUUGCAUCGCGCAGCGAUGACAAGGUUCACAUUACGGAAAGUUAUGACAAGGUGCAACUAGAGUACCGCCACCUUGCAGCAAGGUACAAGCGUCUAGCCGAUCGCUCUGCAAAAACAGAAGAUAUGUUGGAAGAGCUGCGUCGGAAAGAGCGAAGCACGAAGCAAAGCACGAAUGAAGAGCUUGAUCGACUGCGGCAGAAAGUUCAGUUUCUACAGCAGGAAAACUACACCCUCGUGCAAUCACGUGAUCGAGCAGAGGAGCUGCGUGAAAAGCGGGAAGCAGAAGCGCUUCACGACAUGACGGAGCUGAGGAGGCUGACGAAGGACCUCCUCAACGAAGAGCGCACAAAAAAUCAAUCUCUACGAGACGAGCUUGCUAUCCUCAAGCAGAAAUCUGAUGCGCAUGCGAAUCAGCUGAUACACCAGCAGGAGGUUUACUUAAACGAGAAGGAGGAGGAGAUUACACUACUCCGACGACAGCUGGAAAAGGCGACCAGUCAGCAAAAGUCUCGCUUUCACCGUGACUCGUCUACCUUUGUAGACUGUUCGUCAUCACACUCGUCAGCAACUAACGCUGAUGAUGAAAAGGUUCCUGUGAUCUCCACAGAAAAGCAACGUAGGCUAGAGCUCGAGAAGGACAAUUUGCAUGCUGAGGUGGAACAGCUGGAACUGCGUAUUGACGCCCUCGAUGAAGAAAACCGCCGACUGACACGUCUCGUCAAGAACUACGAAAGCGGUAACGAGGGGUUGUAUCGGCUGAGGCAGGACUUGGCAGACCACACGCGAAGUGUGGAGGUUCUUCAGAGCGAAAACGCGCAGCUGCGGGAACGGUUAAACUGUAUGGAAGACUCCGUUACGUUCAAUGCCGCGCUCCGAGAGCUGUGCAAGCGGGUCGGGGUGACAGAGGAGGAGAUCAACAGUUUGCGCCCUCAGAACGCAGCCGCGUACAGCGAGAUGGAUACCUUGAAGGAGGAGUUGAGUCUGCUAAAGGAGGAGGUAGAGUGGUUGGAGCGGGAGCGACGCCACUGGAUGAAUAAGGUGAGGCUGCAGCCCCUCAUGGACACAAAGCUGCGCUUCGAGCUGGGCCUCACCUCCGAGCAGCUCAAGCAGCUAGACAAGUUGGUGGACCAGAUGAAAGCCGGGGCCGUUAUCGCCGAGGGCAACGAUGAGAGCUACAAGGACAAGUACUUCAAGGAGCUACAGGCGCGACGUCGUGAUGCCGAGCAGUUCAACGCAUUCGUGAAGGAUCGUAUAAAUGAUGCACUGAAGAACGCUUUUGUGGACGUCAGCGCCCCUGAUACCGCCGCUGCAGUGUCGGCCCUGCGCGAGCAUAUCGACGUUAUCACCUCCUCGUCCGCUGCCGAGGCUGGCGCGCAGGCUCAGGAAAAGAUUGAGCGGCUGACUCGGCGGCUGGAAGAGCUUGAGCAGUCCGAGAAUGUGCGAGCGGAAGAAGUUGCGCGUCUGAGGGAGCAGGUGGUGGCCGGCACGACCGAGAAGGAGGUGAUUUGUCGUGAGCGUGAUCAGUACCGCGAGGCCAUUUUUAGCGCUGCCGGGUUAAGCGUCAGCCAGGCCGAAGUCUCAGACGACGUAGGUGCGCGGAUGCCCGGCGACUUGGGCGAGAGCAGCGCAGGGGCCUUGUCUAACACAAAGUGGCUGACUGUAGCGAAUACACUACGCGAGCAGCUCCGCGUGAAGGAUACACUUAUCGAUUCUCUUAGUAAAGAGCUCGCACUGGCGAGGGAGAAGUUUGAGACGAGGCGGUCUGCUGACGCGGAGCAACGCCGAAAUAUGGAGUUCGAGAAGAAAACAGAUACCUCCUUGCAGGAUCAGAUCAAAGCGCUGACGGAAUUGAACGAGGAACUCACCGAGAGGUGUGGCGCGUUGACGAAAAUAAACAAGGAUCUCCAAGACACUCUUGAACGACUUGACCGUGGUACGACGAAGGAGCUGCUGCUCAAAGUAGUUCUGCUGCGUCGCCGCGAGGCCACUUUACUCCAGCGGCUGCGUCGAGCCCUCACUACACAGGAGGAGUCGAGUGCAGCCGUCAGGCGAGUGGAAUCUCAGGUGAAGAAUACGCUAGAGCGGCUGCGCGAGGUACUCGAGGGCGGUAGCACCACCGCGAACGCGGUGCUCCCUCGCUCGUCUGUUGGGUGCAGCAUGGAGGGUGAGAUGCUCAACUUUCUCGACUGCGCCGUGAAGCACGUGCUUCAAGGCAGAAUGUUCCGAGAAGACAGCCGCUUUCUCCUCCAUCUCAAGCAGGUUCAUCAGGCUAUGGAGGCGAACGAGGAGCUCUUGGAGCUGCGCCUCGAUGUGAAACAGCUUCGACACGAGCUGGCCGACAAACAGGCGGAAAUGGAUGCGCUGUCUGCUGAAGUGGCAGGACUUCGUGCGGCGUCGACUGCCGCCGAGGACGCAAGAGUGAACCAGGGCCCUGAAUACAGGGCUGCGGCACUGUCAAAAAGCGAGGCUGAGGCGGCUACGUACAAGCAGAAGUACACUCUGGCAACAAAGAGACUUGAGGCUCGCGACAAGGAGGUGGCCCAGCUAGAAAAAGAUAUCGACUGUGCACGCCUGGAGGUCAUUGAGGUGCGAGAGCACAUCCGGAACGUCCUUAAUGAGAGCGCUGACUCGCAGGUGACGUCUAGUAUGUCGCCGCCGCGCGCGAAAGUGAGCGCAGCGGAGAUGGCUCGGUCGGAGAACGAAAUUGCCAGGCUGAAGACUGUCAGUUUAGGACUUCUGCACCACACCAUGGAUCUGCAGUCACAGUCGAAGUCAUUGGAAAUCGAGCUAGAGGCCAAGCAGCAAGAGAUCGCGCUAUUGAAAAGUUCCGCAGAUUCGCAGGUGGUGACCAGCUUUGUGAGCGCUGCGAUUCGUGAACACGCCGCACUACGCCGGCAAAGUGAGCUGGCCCUCAUUCAGGCGAAGCGACUCAAAAUGCAGCUGGCUGCAACGGAAGCGAACUACCAUGUUGUUGCAAAUGAGGCGACGGUGUACAAGACAGGGGCGUAUCGUCUGUACCGCAAGUACGUGGAGCAGGUGGUGUCCGUUGUGGAUUACCUGCGUUGCAUGCAGCGCACCAGCAAAGGCUCUCUCUCGCCGCACCAGGCGGAGAUCAUGGAUCGGCGCCUUCGCAAAACCGUCUCGGACCUCGACGAGUGCUUCGGUCGGAACAAGAUGCUAGCGAUACAGCUCUCUGACGCGCAGAACACCGUCACCACGCUCGAACAUCAGCUCUCUCUAUUGCAUAUGGAGAACGGCCCCGCCAAGCGGGAUGCGUUAGACGUGAAGCUACAGGAGGCACGCAGCAGAGUACGCGAGCACGACCGCCUCAUGACGGAGUUCCAGGAGGAGAGGCAGUUCCUGCAGGCGAAGCUGAAGCGCUCCGAGGUGACCAAUAAAGAUCUCAACGACGAGGUGGCGCGGCUUGAGUUCGGGUGCAUGACGGCGUCUUCUCUUGAUGCAGAGCUGCUAGCUACACUUUUGCAGCUUAAGGAGAGUGUCUUUGACAAAGCGGUGGCACCAUCUCUGGCCAUCGAGUCCGCUCUCACCACCGCGUCAAAGAAGUUGUCUGCGGGCAGCGCGGACGACGAUGACCUCGCCAUUCGCGAAUACAAAAACGCGGUCCUGCGGCAAGCAGAGGUAACACAACAGUGCGACACGCUGAAAAGGCAGAUGCUUGAUGUGGACGCCGAGCGUCGCCGAAGUGAACACGUGGCUGCACAGCUAAGGGAGGAGGUGCAGCAGGCGAACGAGCGAGCUGCGCUCGCACAGCAGCAGCUUGAAGAAGAGCGACAAAAGGCGAUGCAACGCGAAGCACGACUUCUACAGGCGCAUGAGACACAGUUGGAGGUGGCUCGCCGGGCCACAGAACACAAUGUUCAGUGCUUGCAAGAGAUGGUCCAGAAGAAAGAGCAGCUGAUCUCCUCACUACAGGAGCAGCUUUCUGCCGAGCGCAGGAAGUGCGUUGAGUAUGGGCUUGGCGAAGCGGUGCGAAUGGAGCGACUGCACGAGCACAUGUUCCGCGAGAACACUGCUAUGGUGGAGCGCUUCAAGAGCGCUAUUGAGACUGUCGGGGACUCUGUGCGACAUGCAGGUGAGAGCACAGCCCUGCAUCUCAUGCCGAGCACCUGUAGCGGCGUGCAGGAGCAGCUGCAGGCCCUUACGACGGAAACCAUCCGCCUCCGUCAAGAGUUGAAGGAGGCCCGCGCGACGAGCAUUGUUCUAGAGUCGCAGCUGGAGCAGCAGGUGCAGCAGCAGCUGUCAACUCGCGCCUCGCACGCUGGGGCCCCGCCAACAGGUGCACCGGCAACGCCAGUCCACAAUACUGAUGCUCUCAUGGGCAUCAUACGCAAUCAAACGGCAAUGGUGGAGAGCCUGCGACAGCGGGAGAUGCAGCUGACAUCAGAGCUGCAACGUGAGAAGGAGCAGCGGGUCUCUAUGGAGCGGCAACUCGUCGAUGUCCAGACCCAACAUGCGGAGCAGGGCGGCAUGCUGCAGCUGUUAUCACAAGUGACGUCUGCCGGUGGUGUUUCUGAUGCACCGCUGGUCGGAGAGUUGCGCGCGCAGAACGCAGCUCUUGAUCAGGAGCUGCGCAUGAUGCGGCAAGCGUUGGAGGAGGAGCGGGCUCACGCAAGGCGCUUCCAGGUGGAUGCCUCAGAGUGGAAGAUGCACCUCGAUGUACUGCAGGCUGAGGUUUCAGCGCAGCAGGUAGAGGCAGAGCGCGCGCAGCACUUGGCAACGCUUAACGAAGAAUUGCGAGUAGAUCUCAACACUGUGAAAGAGCAGAACGACAAGUUGAUGGUGGCCGCCACGAUUCUCAAGCAGAAGCUGAUGGACGAGGCGCACCGCAGCGGUGAGUCUGCCCGACAAUAUCAGCAAGAAAUUGCACUGGCGCAGCGCAUGGGCACCAUUCAACAAGAGUCGGUGAGCCAUAUGAAGGUGCUUGACCACCGUAUUCGCACCAUCCAGAAAGAGCUUAACGAGCGAGUGGAAAAGGAGAAGACAAUGCUGGAAAAGAACACGGAGUCGCAGAAGCUCGUGUACCAGCUACACCAGCAGCUGCGUGCCAAGGAUCGCGAGUUGGCUUUUCUGCAGGAGCAGCUGCGGCAUCGCAAGAGUGCACCGCCAGUACUCUCGCAGCAACGCUCCAGCGCGGUUGCCUCAGGUGUGCAAAGUCGAGGCACCCAGGUUGUUGCAGCCAGAGAAGAGCCGUUGCCGCAGUGCGGGAAAGAGAACAUGAUUGCAGGACCAAAGACUGCUACUGGUGCGCCAACGGUGGCAGAGUCGCUGCCGCCGCCCUCUUCCACCAGCAACGCACCUGCCUCUGAAGUCGUACCCAAACGUUCUAUUCUGACACCCAUCUCAGCACACGAUGCGCUGCUACAGCCUCAGAUUGCUGGCAUCGUUCAAAGAGAGAUACAAAAGCAGCAGCGCGACAAUCUCGCCGAAAUCUCAACACUGCGGUCUCGUGCCCAUCGUCUCGAGAAAGAUGCCAGCGAUGCGGGGGAGCAGCUAAAGGGCGAGCGAGAGGUGUCACGGCAGCUACGCAUACAGCUACGCCAGCUCCGCGAAGAGCUGGAUCGAAAGGAUGCAGAACACGCAGCGCAGCUGACAUCCAUGUACCAUCAACGCAUGCGCGCUGAAGCCCAACAGAGCAAACACUCUACCGCAACGGAAACAGUGAUGGCUUCACCAGCAUCUGCCUCCCUAGUGGAGAACAAGCCGGCUAACUUACACUACACAGAGCGGGCACUACGGGAACAAGUAUCGACCCUCGAGUCGAGGGUUCAUCGAUAUGAGCAGGAACUUAACGAAAUCAAAGGAGCUCGCGCGGUGGCGGCCACUUCUGUCGACCCUGCGCAUCUCUCUUCCCCUGCAGACGUGCGGGCACACAUAGAGCAAGUGCGGCGCCUGGAAGGCGUCAUCGACGGUCUGCGGCGGCGCCUCGAGGUGGAAGUUCCGGCCAGAGAGAGAGAGUUGCAAUGGCGCUUGGAGCAGGCAGGCAAUGUACAGCACCACAUGACGUCUGACAUCGCCUCUCUUCGCGGCAUCCCGGUGAGCGAGGUGGAGUCUAUCUAUGCUACUACCGUCACGGCAGAUCAGAAGACAACGGACGAGCUGAAAAUGGAGUUGCUGCGAAAGAGCAACGAGCUUCUUGACCUCCGUUUCACUGUAGAGACCAUGGAACUGCAGCUCAGCCGUGUCCAGCGCCACCUCAGCGAUGUUCUCGCCGUGGACGCUGCAGCUGCGCAACAACGAUCAGCGACUAUCACUGAAACCGCAGGCGUUGAGGCACUUACCAAUGUGAUCGAGAACCUCAAGCUAGUAAUUGCAAAGCUGAAGAGCGAGAACGCUGAGCUCAGUUCGACGCAAGCGCAGUCUGCCCGCUACGCGCGCCAAUCACGAGAACUGCGUGAGCUGCAGAAGCGGGAGCGGUGUUUGAAGACUCAACUCGAAGAUCUGUCCCGGCAACUGGUGAGCAUGCGUGCUUCCUCCAGAGGCGAUGGUGGCUCUUCUGUGUCGAAUGCGGAACUACAUCGUCGCCUCGCGACUGAGAAGGCCGCAGUGGAGCAGUACGAGAUGGAGCUCAGCAGCCUCCGUCUUCGACUUUCCAAUGCCGAUCGCCGGGUUGUCCGUCCACUGGAUCCGACUAGCGGCACAGCACAGGCGACGAUAGUCACCCCCGCAGCUCACCCCACCGUGCCUCCGCCAUUGCCGAAGUCUCGCUUUUCUCACCAUCAACAGCGUCGUGGUGGUGGUGUUAGCUCGUUAGCUGAGCAGCCGCAGCGUCGCUUGAGUUCCACUCGAUUGAGCGAAGCCGAUUCCGCGACUACUGUCCCCAGCGCAUCUCUGCAGCUCAGCCAUCGUGACAAACAGUAA